AUGGGUGAAUUACCACCAGCGACUUCAUUGAAUGACUUGUUGUCGCAAUUAAUGAGCAUAUCGGAGCAAUCCCUAGAUGACCAUACUCAGCAAAGGAAACAACAAUUGCAGAAUCAUCGCAUGAAGAAUGCUUUAUUUGAAGUUUUAUGUGAAAUUAAGGAAAAGACAGCGCUUUCCAUCCGAGGUGGUCAAGAAGAGGCACCAGAAGAUCCACAGCUUAUGCGACUAGAUAACAUGCUGGUUGCCGAGGGUGUGGCUGGUCCUGACAAUCGUGGACCAAUUCAGAAUGAUACUAGUGGUGGUGAUCAAGCUGAUUAUCGUCAGAAACUUACUCAGAUUAGAUUGGUAUAUAGUGAAGAGCUACGGAAGUAUGAAGAGGCUUGUCAAGAAUUCACUCAACAUGUUGUAUCAUUGCUGCGUGAGCAAAGUCGAACUCGACCAAUUGCAAACAAAGAAAUCGAACGGAUGGUUGCUAUUAUACAAAAGAAAUUUUCCGGCAUACAGGUACAACUGAAGCAAUCAACUUGUGAAGCGGUAAUGAUUCUUCGUUCGCGAUUCCUCGAUGCUAGGAGAAAGCGGCGAAAUUUCAGUAAGCAGGCUACAGAAGUGCUGAACGAAUAUUUCUAUUCUCAUUUAAGUAAUCCUUAUCCCUCAGAAGAAGCAAAAGAAGAGUUAGCACGGCAGUGUCAGAUUACAGUUUCACAGGUAUCGAAUUGGUUUGGCAAUAAGCGAAUACGGUACAAGAAAAAUAUAGCAAAAGCUCAAGAAGAAGCUAACAUGUAUGCUGCUAAAAAAGCUGCUCAUGCUGCGAACCAAUAUGGUAUGUUGGCAGCAGGGACGUCAGCAGCCGGAAGUAUGCUAAAUUAUCCAGCAAUGCUUCCAGGACAAGAUCUGGCUCAUCACAUGACAGCUGGUCUUGAUUUCACUGCCGGUUAUAAUCCUCAGCUGGUAGGUGUUAUUCAUCCAAUGGUUCGGAAUGGUCCCUUCAGUGAGCUGUAG